CCCCCAGUGUGAGGCUGGACUCUGACCCUCAGCUCACAGCCCGACAGCUGGGUCGAUGGAGGAGCUGAAGCCAGAGGAGCAGUUCUUGCAAUGCGCCCGAAACGGAGAUCUGCCUGGAGUUCAACGGCUUCUCAAAUCCAGGGCGAGGCCAGAGACGUGGAUCGAUAUCAACUGCAAAGGUAAAAGUAAGUCAAACUUGGGAUGGACGCCUCUUCACUUGGCCUGUUACUUUGGUCACAAAGACGUAGUGGAAGUGCUGCUUAAGGCAGGUGCAAAUGUCAACUUGCCCAAUAAUAUUGGAGACACGCCGCUGCAUAAAGCUGCCUUCACAGGAAGAAAGGAGGUUGUCAUGCUGCUGCUGCACUAUGAUGCAUGUGCUACUGUCAUCAACGGGACAGCUCAAACUCCCAAAGAUGUCACUCAAAACGCAGAGAUCAGAAGCAUGCUGGAAGCGGCUGAGAGAACGGAAGAGAGGAAACUGGAGGAGAAACUUUUGGAAGCUGCACGGGAAGGAGACCUGUCAACGCUCAGCGUGUUGCUCAGCAAGAAGAAGCCUCCUGAUAUCAACUGCACAGAUCUGUUGGGUAACACGCCGCUGCACUGUGCCGCCUAUCGAGGACAAAGACUGUCGGCCCUAAAGCUGCUCAAGUGUGGAGCCAACCCGAACGCCAAGAACAAAAACGGCCAGACUGUGUUUGACCUGGUCACUGAUACAGCGAUGAAGCUGUGCCUUGAAGGCAACAAUCACCGGGGUUUGACCCGUCAUGUCAAGAAGUUUGAAGGGCCUUUAUGGAAGAGCUCCAGGUUUUUUGGCUGGCGCUCCUACUGGGUUGUUCUGCAGGACGGGGUUAUAAACUGGUACUCAAAACAGUCAGACGCAGCUACAAACGUCAGAAGGCAGGGCUGCAAGUCCCUGACAAACUCUCAGGUACGAGCCAAAGAUCACCGCCUCUUCAGCCUGAAGUGCUUUGAUGGCAGUGUCCAUCACUUCAAAGUAUCGCCUGAGUCUGACCCGGAAACAACUAAAAAAGCAUGGCUGGACGCUCUGGAGGAGCACUCGGCUUACAGCACACACUACUGUUCCCCUGAGCAGGGCAGCGUGGAGGAGGGGGAGGAUGAGGAGGGAGAAGGGAUGUCACUUGAAGAACUGACUGACUCAGUGCAGGCAGCGGAGGUCAGCCAGAAGAAGCUGGAGAAGGAGGUGGCAGCUUUCCUGUCCAUGCUGAAAAAUGAUGGGCUGUCAGAACCAGGAUUUCCAUUACCCGUGGUGCAGAAAAUGCAGGAAAUCUGUGAGCUGUCCAGCGAGACCACCUCCAAUCUCAGCAUCUGUCUCAGCCUUUUCUCCAGACAGGAAGGGGUGUGCAGUCUGAAAUUGGAGCAGGAGGUAGAAAAGAAUAAGAUCCUGUCCGAGGCGCUGCAGACUCUGGCCACAGAGCACCACAAACUUGAGCAGUCCUUCGUGCAGGGGUCGUCUCCGCGGAGCGCGCUCAGUGAGGAUGAGUUCUACGACGCCGUGUCUGAAUCAGGCUCUGAGCUCUCCCUGAGCGGCUUCGAGACGGUGGACAGUCAUUCCUGUGAAGAAGAGGAGGAGGACGAAGGCUCUGUCAUGCUAAGCAGCCCUUCCAGCAGCCCCGCCAGCAGCAUGCUGCAGGAGGAUCACCAUGGAAACGGAGACGAGACUCGACCCAACGGGAGUGCAAAGCAUAGGACAAGCUUACCUGCUCCGAUGUUUUCAAGAAACGACUUCAGCAUUUGGAGCAUCUUGAGAAACUGCAUUGGAAUGGAGCUCUCCAAGAUUACAAUGCCAGUGAUUUUCAAUGAGCCGCUCAGCUUCCUGCAGCGUCUGACUGAGUACAUGGAGCACACGUACCUCAUUCAUCAGGCCAACUCGUCCUCAGAUUCUAUUGAGAGGAUGAAGUGUGUGGCUGCGUUUGCAGUGUCGGCCGUGGCCUCGCAGUGGGAGCGGACAGGUAAACCAUUCAACCCUCUGCUUGGAGAGACCUAUGAACUGGUCAGGGAGGAUCUGGGCUUUAGGCUUAUAUCGGAGCAGGUGAGCCACCACCCUCCAGUUAGUGCCUUCCACGCUGAGGGCCUGAAGCAGGACUUUGUGUUUCAUGGAUCCAUCUACCCCAAACUCAAGUUCUGGGGGAAAAGUGUAGAGGCUGAGCCAAAAGGUGUCAUCACCCUGGAGCUGCCCAAGCACAAUGAAGUCUACACAUGGACAAACCCGACAUGUUGUGUUCACAACAUCAUUGUUGGUCAACUUUGGAUUGAGCAAUAUGGAAACGUGGAGCUGAUCAACCACAGAACCGGUGAAAAGUGCUGUCUGAAUUUCAAACCAUGCGGACUCUUUGGAAAGGAGCUGCACAAAGUUGAAGGUUACAUUCUUGAUAAAAGCAAAAAGAAACGGUGUGCGUUUUAUGGGAAGUGGACCGAGUGCCUGUACGUUGUUGACCCGGCUGCUUUGGAAGCACACAAGAAAAAUGACAAAAAAGGGGGAGACGAGAGGAAAAGCAGCAAAGAGGGUUGUAGUAUGAAUCAAGAUGAAGUUCCCUCUCCAGCUGCAGACACUGUGGAAGUGAUUCCUGGCAGCCAGCUGCUGUGGAGAUCUGCACCCAGACCAGCCAACUCCACCCAGAUGUACAGCUUCACAUCGUUUGCUAUGCAGCUGAACGAGCUGCACAAAGAGAUGGAGGGAGUUAUUCCUCAGACCGACUGCAGGCUCAGACCGGACAUUAAAGCCAUGGAAAAUGGUGACAUUGACCUCGCCAGUGAGGAGAAGAAGAGGCUCGAGGAAAAGCAGAGAGCUGCUCGUAAGAACCGCUCCAAGGCAGACGAAGAAUGGAAGAGCAGGAAUCCUCCACUGGGUCCGAGGUGGUUUCAGCCAGGACAAAACCCUCACACCCGCUCUCAGGACUGGCUGUACUCUGGUGGAUACUGGGACAGGAACUACAACCAGCUGCCUGAAAUUUAUUAACCCACAGAAAACUGUGAAAAAGAGAAUCCUUAUCUUUUGUAUUUAUUGCAAUAGCUACAAUGAUGGAAGCACUACAAGAAUGUAUGUUUGACCAGUGUGGCCUGAAUCUGGAUCAUGAUGAAAAGACUGUUACUAACGAGACGUCAUCAAUCACUUGUUGCUGGAGGAUUCUGUGAACCGUAGCGUUUGAUGUCACUGUUUCUGUGUAAUCUUCUUUUGAAAGUUCAAAAUCAUAUAUCUGUUUACAAGUUUCUUCUGGCGGCUACCUCUUCAGAGGUCACCACAGCGAGAAAACUCGCACGAAAGAUUUGACUAUUUGUUUUACGCCGGAUGCCCUUCUUGACGCAACCUGGGCUCAAACCCUCAA